AUGGGGGUAAGUUAUGGACGAUUUGUUCUCUUCAUAUCUGAAGGUGUAACCGAGGGGUCUCAUCAUGGACGAAUUGAACACUCAAGGAUCCCUGGUGUCCCAAUUCCAUCUUUCACAAGGGCUAAAGCUGAACAGGGGUACAUAUUCUAUGUCCAUGAUGGAAGUGAGACCGUGGCUGAUCAUUUUACGGUCGUGACCAAUAUUACAGAUAUCCGGAAGCAAAGCUUGCCGUUUGUGGUUUAUGUCAAAAUAACAGCCAUAAUUGAUGACCCUCCAAUUGUAACUGUCAACAGGAUUCUCAAGGUGUGGGAAGGUUCUGUGACAGAGAUAACCACUGUAGACCUCAGUUCUGAGGAUCCAGAUUCUCCUCCUGAGAGCCUAGAAUUCAUCAUCACUAAACCAGGUAAUGGGCAUCUAGCCCUGAAGAGCGCCCCCUCCAGGCCUGUUAUGAACUUCACCCAAGAGCAUAUCCAUCAUGGCCAGCUGGUGUUUGUACAUAAAGGUGCCCUGUCAGGACGAUAUCACUUUCCAGUCAACGAUGGGGUGACGAUUCAACACAAUGAUGCAGCCAAAUCUCUGGUGUUCAUCAAAAAUCAAGAGCUCAAAGUUUUCCCAGGUUCUUCAAAGUUAAUUACAGAGGAUGAGCUGCUGAUAACCACAAAUGACUUUGAUGAUAUUUAUGGGAAUCACACUAUCACGUAUAAUGUGACCUCACCUCCAAGAUUUGGCAGCCUGAUGUGGAAACAAGAUGAAGAUUCCACAGAAGAAAUCUCAUCCUUCACCCAAAACAUGGUAUUUAUGAAAUCUGCAUCUGCGUUUAGUUGGCCGAUGUUAAAAUGUGUUCUUCUUUUCAAAAGUAUGUUCACUUGGAUAUGUUAUUUAAUUCCAGAGAAGAAUUGGUGCGGGAUAGGUGCAUUGCUAAAACAAACAAAAAUGUUCUCCCACAGAUGUCAUCCAGCAUAGACGUUUUGAAGAUAUAUAUUAUUUCAAGGUUGCUUUUUCCUUGUCAAAACAAUUCAGUUUCAUGAAACAUUAUUUGAGCAUAACCUAAAGUUGUUCACAAUAUGUACUGUGGUAUAUCUGUAGGGCCAACAGCAACAAGUUUGCACAUACCUUCUGCAUGUCAUUGUCAUGACGUCAUCACCAGCCCAUAUCUGUAGCCCAAAUUUAUGUAUUUUUUGGCAUCACAAUUUUUGUUUGGCAGUAAGAAAUUUUGAUGUAAACUUCACCCUCUUGCAUGUUAUCUUAGCCAACUAUACAAAGGAAAUGUUAGAACAUAGUGCUUACACUUCCCCAUCUCCUUCUGACU